AUGGGAGGAGACCACGGCCACGGUAGUAAACUGAGCCUGCCAGACUUCAAGCUGUGGAAGGUAGAGGGAACACCUCUGGAGUUCACCCAGCAGAGACUGGCAACCAGAGGACUGAAGGACCCAUGGGCACGGUGAGAGAGGGGUAGAUCUUUACAUUAAAGAUGUGUACAUGUACAGUGCCUUCGGAAAGUAUUCAGACCCCUCGACCUUUUCGACAUUUUGUUAAGUUACAGCCUUAUUCUAAAAUUGAAUUUUAAUUUUAAUUUUUAUCCGAAGCAAUCUACACACAAUACCCCAUAAUGACAGCGUUUUUAGAAAAAAAACAGAAAUACCUUAUUUACAUAAAUAUUCAGACCCUUUGCUAUGAGACUAAAAAUUCAGCUCAGGUGCAUCCUGUUUCCAUUGAUCAUCCUUGAGAUGUUUCUACAACUUGACUGGAGUCCACCUGUGGUAAAUUCAAUUGAUUGGACAUGAUUUGGAAAGGCACACACCUGUCUAUAUAAGGUCCCACAGUUGACAGUGCAUGUCAGAGCAAAAACCAAGCCAUGAGGUCGAAGGGAUUGUCGGUAGAGCUCAGAGACAGGAUUGUGUUGAGGCACAGAUCUGGGGAAGGGUACCAAAAAAUCAGGACUUUAUGGUAGUGGCCAGACGGAAGCCACUCUUCAGUAAAAGGCACAUGACAGCCCGCUUGGAGUUUUUCAAAAGGCACCUAAAAGACUCUCAGACCAUGAGAAACAAGAUUCUCUGGUCUGAUGAAACCAAGAUAGACCUCUUUGGCCUGAAUGCCAAGCGUCACGUCUGGAGGAAACCUGGCACCAUCCCUACGGUGAAGCAUGGUGGUGGCAGCAUCAUGAUGUGGGGAAGUUUUUCAGCGGCAGGGACUGGGAGACUAGUCAGGAUCGAGGGAAAGAUGAACAGAGAAAAGGACCUCAGACUGGUUUACCUUCCAACAGGACAACGACCCUAAGCACACAGCCAAGACAAUGCAGGAGUGGCUUUGGGACAAGUCUCAUUAUCCUUGAGUGGCCCAGCCAGAGCCCAGACUUGAACCUGAUCGAACAUCUCUGGAGAGACCUGAAAAUAGCUGUGCAGCGACGCUCCCCAUCCAACCUGACAGAGCUUGAGAGGAUCUACAGAGAAGAAUGGGAGAAACUCCCCAAAUACAGGUGUGCCAAGCUUGUAGCGUCAUACUCAAGGCUGUAAUCGCUGCCAAAGGUGCUUCAACAAAGUACUGAGUAAAGGGUCUGAAUACUUAUGUAAUAUUAAAGUGUGUUAUUUUUAAUAAAUGUGCAAAAUGUUCUAAAAACCUGUUUUUUGCAUUGUCAUUAUGGGGUAUUGUGUGUAGAUUGAUGGGGGGGGGGGGGGGGGGAAAGAUUUAAUACAUUUUAGAAUAAGACUGUAACAAUGUGGAAAAAGUCAAGGGGUCUGUAUAUGUGAGUGAUACUGAUGUUUCUCUCCAUUUAUUUCUCUUCCACAGUAACGAGGCGUGGAGGUACAUGGGAGGAUUCAGUCGUCCUGUAUCCCUGGGAGACGUGAUGUUGAGGGGCUUUAAAUGGGGCUUCGCUGCCUUCGCUGUGGCUCUGACCGUAGAGUACGCUCUCUUCCCCCCUAAGAAGUCUGACCACUGA